AUGGCUGGAGGAGCCUUUGUAUCAGAUGGUGGUGGUGGGGGAUCAAGCUAUGAAGGCGGAGUCACCGUCUUUGUCAUCAUGACAUGUAUUGUGGCCGCUAUGGGAGGUCUCCUCUUCGGUUACGACCUCGGAAUCUCAGGGGGAGUGACAUCAAUGGAGGAGUUUCUGAAAAAGUUUUUCCCGGAGGUGGAUAGGCAAAUGCACGAAGCGAAGCGCGAGACUGCUUACUGUAAAUUCGAUAACCAAAUGCUCCAGUUGUUCACUUCCUCGCUCUACCUUGCGGCUCUUGCGUCUUCCUUUGCAGCAUCGGCUGUUACAAGGAAGUACGGACGCAAAAUCUCCAUGUUUGUUGGAGGGGUUGCUUUCCUCAUAGGUUCUCUAUUUAAUGCAUUUGCCACCAAUGUUGCAAUGCUUAUCGUUGGUAGAUUGUUGCUCGGAGUCGGUGUUGGAUUUGCUAAUCAGUCUACUCCGGUUUAUCUCUCGGAGAUGGCUCCCGCAAAGAUCCGAGGAGCACUUAACAUCGGGUUUCAAAUGGCUAUAACCAUUGGGAUUUUGCUUGCAAACCUAAUCAACUAUGGAACAUCUAAAAUGGCUCGGAACGGAUGGAGAGUGUCCUUGGGUUUAGCCGCUGUUCCGGCUGUCGUUAUGGUUAUCGGAUCGUUUAUUUUGCCCGAUACACCAAACUCGAUGCUCGAGAGAGGCAAGUACGAACAAGCGAGAGAGAUGUUGCAGAAGAUUCGUGGAGCUGAUAACGUAGAUGAGGAGUUUCAAGAUCUUUGUGAUGCUUGUGAGGCUGCGAAGAAAGUAGAGAAUCCAUGGAUGAACAUCUUCCAACAGGCCAAAUACAGACCCGCACUUGUUUUCUGUUCUGCGAUUCCUUUCUUCCAACAGUUUACUGGUAUCAAUGUGAUCAUGUUCUACGCCCCCGUUCUCUUUAAAACUCUAGGUUUCGGGGAUGAUGCCUCCCUCAUUUCAGCGGUUAUUACGGGUGCGGUCAAUGUUGUAUCUACCCUUGUCUCCAUCUAUGCGGUUGACAGAUACGGAAGAAGGAUUCUCUUCCUUGAAGGAGGCAUCCAGAUGAUCAUUUCCCAGAUUGUUGUUGGUACCUUGAUUGGUAUGAAGUUUGGAACCACGGGAGCAGGGACCUUAACACCUGCAACAGCGGAUUGGAUCCUAGCUUUCAUAUGUUUAUAUGUUGCAGGAUUUGCAUGGUCAUGGGGUCCAUUGGGAUGGUUAGUACCAAGUGAGAUCUGUCCGUUGGAAAUCAGACCAGCGGGACAAGCCAUCAACGUCUCUGUCAACAUGUUCUUCACUUUCCUCAUUGGACAAUUCUUCCUCACGAUGCUUUGCCACAUGAAGUUUGGCCUCUUCUUCUUCUUUGGAGGAAUGGUUGUAAUCAUGACCAUCUUCAUCUUCUUCUUGUUGCCGGAGACAAAAGGGGUUCCUAUAGAAGAAAUGGGAAGAGUAUGGAAGCAACAUCCGUUCUGGAAACGUUACGUCCCAGAUGAUGCUGUUACUGGAGCUGGUGAAGAAAGCUAUGUCAAGGAGGUUUGAGAGCCAGAAAAGCGAAGGUUUCAAAAAGUUGAGGCAUUGGUUGUGGUUAGCCAGUGGUGUUUGGUUGUUUUUUCAAUGGAAUAAACCAACAAAACGUGAGAAUUUGUGGGCGGGUGUCGAAGAAGAAGAAUGAAAAGUUGUUGAAAAAAGUCUUUAAUGCUGAAUUCUUUUACCUGAUUCAUUCCAAUAAAGCCAAGCAAAAUUUGUUUCUUUGCAUAUGCAUUUGUUUUUCUUUUCUUUUCUUUUUACCACCAAAUGAAAUUAAGAGCAAAAAU